UGCUGCUUAAGGGGAAGAUCUAUGGCUUGCCGGGGUCCCAAGGAACGCGAUGGAGUAACUUUCGCGAGUGGGCGAAGAACCAACAUCCCGUCCUGAGCAUGUUCUUCGCGCACGAGCUCCACCCCUUCAGUAGAACGGAGCGACUGAGUGUGAUGAUGUGCUACUUGUGCUGGGCCUUCUUCAUCACAGUUGUCUUCGAAUACGGCAACAAGGACCAAGCCGCAAUCUGCAACGCCGGGUGCAAUAAUACGUACAGUGGUCGGUUAUCGGGAGAAUAUUAUUCCCAGCAGAUCUGCGGUCCCGGGAGCGGGAGCAACGAAGAUACGGUAAUAAUCGGCCCGGCUGCUUUGUCUUCUGGUCUGGUUAGGUGGUCCU